AUGAGCAAAGAUAGUAGUAAUUCUCAAUUUAAAAUUUUCCAAGACGUUGUCUCAAGUAUUAUCUUAACAGAUGAUCAUAAUAUUCCUUCUGAACUGAGAUUUAAUAAAGUUCGACAGAUGCCAAUAAUUAGGCAGACAAUGGAAAGCAAUGUGUAUAUGUUUCCCUCAAUUCAAAGUUAUGAUGCCUAUAAAAACAACAAUAAAGAAUUUUGUUUGAAUGAGGAUGGGGUUGGCAUUCCUCUAUUUACAUUUGAAGUUUGUAAAUUUACUGAGUAUAAUCCAGAUAAUUCUUCGGAAAAAAUAAGGUAUAAAAUAUAUAUUUAUAUUUUAAAAGGUGUCUUAGAAACUCCUCCAUUUGAUUACGAAUGCAUUAUUAAAUCUAACGAUAAAUUUAAUAUUUACAAAUGUCUCUUUUGUACCAUAUCCAAAAAAUUAAAAUGGUUUAGUAUCAUAUAUAACAUGUCAAUAAAAGAAACCACAGAAAAAGUAUACUACAUCAUAUCCAAGGGUUUAAAAUUAGAUGUGUUAAUGGAUGAUUAUAUUAUUCGUUGGAAUAAUACACAUAAAGUAUUAAGGGACACAGGAUUCAAAGCUCGAAUCCUACCAAUUGAAACCAAGUCACAUUUCGAUUCAAUCAAGGAAUUUAAAACUUCCACCCCAUAUUAUAACCAAGCUCUUAUAAAAAAGAAACGUGACAACACUGAUAACUAUGUUACUGAACCCCAAGUAUAUCCGUUUGACACACACGGUACAAAAGUUCUGAUGACGGAACCUCAAAAACAUUUUAUCGGACGUUAUACCACAGAUGGUGCAGGCGGGUUUUCAAAUAAAGUGGCUAUUGUAUAUGUUGGGGAAUAUGGUUCAUUAAAUUCAUUUGGGAUCACCAAUAUUCCAUUCACAACUAAAUUAUUGGCAUGUCAAGCACUGCUUCUCCAUAGAAUUGAAGCAACAAGGCGAAUGAAAAGACAAAAUAAUUAUACUAAUUACGCAAUAGGUAUGAUGUGGUAA